UUUGACUUUCAAAUUUUUCCCGAUAAAAGUGGUCACUGCGGUCAAACCAGAGGUCACUUGACCAUAUGUAGUAUAUCACUCGAUUCCUUAGAGAAACAACAAAUUAAGAAAAUAUACUUACUUCAACCGUGGUUAAAACUGACAAUGAAGUUAACACAUAUACUAAUGCUCGGCAGUUGCCUCGCCGUUUACGGCAACUGCAAGACCAUUGAGGUGUCCACCGCUGACCAACUGCACAGCGCACUGUCAUCGGUAACGCCGGGCGAUAGCAUACAUAUGGCCGCCGGCGACUACACGGGCACAUUCACGGCCACCCGAUCGGGCACAGCCUCGGCACCCAUUACCCUAAAGGGACCGAAAAAAGCGGUCCUAUCGGGACCUAAGUAUGCCUUUUGGCUAAGAGCAGACCAUUGGGUGCUCCGGGGGUUUUCGAUGGCCAAUUCAAUUAUGGGUCUCGUACUGGAGGGCGCCUCCCAUAACCUGUUGGACGACAUCGAGUGCUAUAAUAGCCGUCAAGAAGGCGUCCAUUUCCGGAUGAAUAGCACCGAUAAUAUACUGCAAAACUCCUAUAUUCACGACACCGGCAAAGGAGAGGGUGACUACUAUAAAGGCAGAGGAGAGGGCGUGUAUAUCGGUCUGUCUCACAACAACUGGGUGGACAACAAGGUGGACAUGAGUGACCGCAAUCAGAUACUGAACAACCGGAUCGGUCCGGGAGUGACCGCCGAAUGCAUCGAUGUUAAAGAGGGCACAAACAACGGCGUAAUCCGAGGCAAUCAUUUUGACGGCACCGACAUUAAGGGCAUUCAUUCGGCCGACUCCUGGGUUGACGUGAAGGGCGAGUCGUAUACCAUCGAAGACAAUACCGGCGAACACAGCAUUUACGAUGGCUUUCAGAAUAUUCUGAAUAUUCACUUUGGCCACGGCCCAGACAACAUGGGCAGUUGUAACAAUACCAUCGUUAAAAAUGUGUGCCACGGCCUGGCUAAGAAUGGCACCUGUGUGCGAAGUAGCACAAUUCUGGAUAACAAAGAAAUGUCUGAAUGGGGAACAUCUGUCAACACAACUACUGUUGACAUCAAUACUAUUAAGUUAUUUCACGUUUUCGAUGACAUCAAUGGCUAUAAUGUAUUUUGCGGUAAUUCUCACACACUUGUGGUUACCGGUGAUGACUGUGUCUACGGAUGGGCGUAUAAAAUACGUGGUGUUUAUUGUUACUACGAUUUCUCGUUUGCCGUCACAACUGAUGGCCGAGUCUUCAGUUGGGGUCAAAAUAAUUGCCAUUUGGGACACAAUAUAUUGGAUAAUGUGUGUUCGACUGGAGAUCAAAAUAACACUGAAAUAAGUGAUUAUAAACGCUUUUACGAUGAGUUGUGUGCAUUGGGUUUGGGAUGUUUUGGCACUGUUUUCAAAAUUAAACAUAAAGGCAGUGGAAAUGAAUACGCGAUUAAAAUCAUUGAUAACAUAAACUGUAAGUAAAUUUAUUACUUAAUAUGAA